AUGGCAGACGGGUUUCUUAAGAAGUAUUAUGAACAUUUACACAAAACACCUGAGAUGCUUUACGGGUUCUUCAAAGAAGAAAGUGUAAUAAGAUGGGAUGGUGUUGAGUCAUCAACAACGACAACAACUAUCGAUGGUAUAAGGGAAAUAAUUAUGUCUUCUGAUUACAAGGGGUGUGAGGUUAAGGUUGUGAAGGUUGAUGCUCAAUUUUCUUUAAUGGAGAGUGUCAUCCUUACAGCAACCGGUUGUUCACUCGAGAAAGACAACGUGAAAAGGAUUAUCUCCCAGACAUUUUUUCUUGCCAAGCAGGAGAUCGGAUGGUUCCUCUUGAACGAUAAUUUGCACAUAAUAGACACACAAGAGAUCUUGAAUGUUUCUUCGAGUUGUUUUGACGGUGUUUCGUCCCCUCAUGAGUCAUUGAAGGAAGCCCCAAUAACCGCUAAAAUUACGGACAAUGUUGAGGAAACCUUAGAAAUUGCUAAUAGUAUUAAGGAAACCCUAGAAGUGAUCCAAAUUGCUUCAAAGGAGCCAGAUACCCCCAAUGACACUGAGAAAGUUGAGGGCUAG